AUGCUACCAAAAUACACUAUAUAUAAUCCCUCAUAUAUAUUUACCACUAAUAUUAUCUAUCUAUCUAUCUAUCUAUCUAUCUAUCUAUCUAUCUAUCUAUCUAUCUAUAUAUAUGAGCUUCACUUGAGAUCUGGAAUCAGCCUGAUAUCUAUCUAUCUAUCUAUCUAUCUAUCUAUCUAUCUAUCUAUCUAUCUAUCUAUCUAUCUAUCUCAGUCUGUUUCUCUUUCUCUCUCUAGCGCAUUUAUGUUCAUAUCUAUCACAUCUAUGUUUGUACGUCUAUCAAUCUACGUUUGUUCAUGUCAGUCCGAUCAAAUCUAUCUAUCUAUCUAUCUAUCUAUCUAUCUAUCUAUCUAUCUAUCUAUCUAUCUAUCUUCAUCUAUUCUUUCUUUUUCUUCCAUUUUUACACCUCCUCCUACUUAUUCUCCGAUUACUCUACCUCCCACUUCUCCUAACGUCUCAUUCUUUUUUACCUCCUACACAUUCUUCUUCGCGUCCGAUUUCUCCAACUCUCCUUUUUCCUUUGCCCAUGAUCUAUCUAUCUAUCUAUCUAUCUAUCUAUCUAUCUAUCUAUCUAUCUAUCUAUCUAUCUAUCUAUUAUGGGAUCUUACCCAUAAUAAUAAUGAUGGACUAUUCCAUACUUAA